UGGUGGGCGCUGUCUCGCCUCGGCUGCCUCCUCACCCAACCGGAUGGGAAACGCGGGCUGUGGCACUAUAGUUCCGGCCCCGAAAAAGCGUGCUGAUGACAGGGCCUGGGUGCCGCCGGAAACACCGAUACUCGGGCCGGCAAGGGGAAAGGGGAGCUCGCGCUUCCAGGCACCCCACACCAAGGCCGAGUUGGACGGCAAGGCGGAGAUGCGGGGCCUGGGCUCUCGGAUCGGGGGCGGCAGGCUGUGGGACUAAGCGCCAGGACCUGCCCUCGCAAGUUAGCCGUUGGAACCCGGCACCGCCCGGGGACUUUGUGCAGUUGCCCGUGCCCAUCAUCCAGCAGCUCUACCACUGGGACUGUGGCCUGGCCUGCUCCAGGAUGGUGCUGCGGUACCUAGGCCAGGUGGACGACAGCGAGUUUGAAAGUGCCCUGCAGGCGCUGCGGCUGACCAGGAGCAUCUGGACCAUCGACCUGGCUUACCUAAUGCGCCACUUUGGCGUGAGGCACCGCUUCUGCACCCAGACCCUAGGCGUUGACAAGGGCUACAAGAACCAGUCCUUCUACAGGAAGCACUUUGACACAGAGGAGACCCGGGUGAACCAGCUGUUCGCACAGGCCAAGGCCUGCAAGGUGCUGGUGGAGAAAUGCACAGUGAGCGUGCAGGACAUCCAGGCGCACCUGGCGCAGGGUCAUGUGGCCAUCGUGCUGGUGAACUCGGGUGUGCUGCACUGUGACCUCUGCUCAAGCCCCAUCAAGUACUGCUGCUUUGCCCCCCGUGGGCACCGCUGCUUCUGCCGCACCCCCGACUACCAGGGACACUUCAUUGUGCUGCGUGGCUACAACCGGGCCGCUGGCUGCAUCUUCUACAACAACCCCGCCUAUGCCGACCGUAUGUGCAGCACCAGUGUCAGUAACUUCGAGGAGGCCAGAACCAGCUAUGGCACGGACGAGGACAUCCUCUUUGUCUACCUGGACAGCUGACAGCGGGGCCUGGUGCACGGGGCCCACUCAGAAGACCUGGCCCAGCCUGCUGGGCUGGGAGCUGAGUUGCAGCCCGGCUUUGGGAAGUGGGAUAAUGAAGCUGCUGCCUCUCAGUGCUGGUUGCCAAGGGGAACUCCCCCAGGAUCCCAAGCCUGAGUCAGACAUGCCCAGUGGGAGCUCACACCCCAGGAGCCCUUGUUGUCUGUGAGCACAGCCCCAGGGUGAGGGAGAGGCCUACGGAGUCUUCCCUACGGACCUCGGCAUGUGAGCCCUGGAGAGAGACGUCACUAACCUGAGAGGAGCAGGACGAUUCCUGGUAUGGGAGACAUCAUACCCCACCUUGGGCCCCUUCAAGAACUGUUCUCUCCCCUUGCUCUCUGGGAAGGGCUGCAGAGCCCUAGCACCCCUUGAGGCACAUUGCCACCGCCUCAUCCCCCCACAGCAGGCCCAGGUCUUGCUGUCCAGGAUGCCUCUGACCCUGCCCACUGAUGUAGCCACACCGUCCCACAGAGCCCUGGCCCUUGGGGAGAGCCCAGAUCUCUGGGCACAGGGGCGCCAAGGCCCAGUCCUCCACGGUACACCAGCUCUGGGCCCUUAGGGCUGUGGUGGGCUCCGUCCCACUGGAGGGCCAGAUGACUGGCAGCACAGACUGUGGCCUAGGAAUGUCUGGCCCUGAGGUCCAAGAACAAUUGCUUCGGCCCCAAAGAGCCCCCACACCCAUGAGGCCUGCUGGCACUUGCCAAGGCCCUGACAGCCAGGCCUACCCUCAGAGUACCAGCACCCCGACUCUCCUGGCUGCAACCAGCUUGUGCCCCCCUGCCCUGCUUUUUACCCCAGGACCCUUGACAGAGAAGGGUGGCACCUGCCCAGGAUCACACAACCCAGCAAGUUGUGUAGGCUGUAGCUGUCUCGUCUCAUGAGUUUUUGAGAUUUAGGUUUUCUCUUUUGGAGGCGAGGGUCACCUUCACAUCAGACAAUAAUAGUGAUAUCACAGGUACUUCAGAACCACUAGCACCUCUCUUCACCAGGCAGGUCAGCCAGCCCAGGUUUGCCCUCAGAGAAGGGGCCAGCGCCAGCAGGCUGAGUGUCGGCCCUGUCCUCGUAGACAAACCUGGCUGUUGGAUAAAGUCAGCCCAGGACAGUGUGGAGCCUUGAGUCUAGGAGCAUUCUCACAGGGGCCGCCUCCUGGCCAAGGUGUAGGGCCCCCAUGUACACCCAGGUCCUGGUUUGCAGUAAGGUGAUGAUACUGCCACCCCUCCCCCCUGCCCAUCGGCCCUGCCCACCGGGUGUUCUGCAUCCCAGAACUGGCACCUCCACAUUGCUCCUCUACACCAGAAGCAGCCUUUGGCCAGGGGCACGUUGGCAUGCAGGGUCACUUUGCUGGCUGGGCAGCCACCCCGAUUUCAGGGACUGUUGGCUCCAGAUGGGUCUCGUCUCCAUUGCCUUAAUGCUGGUGGCCCGUGGCCCAGAGCAGUUGGGCCCUGGAGUCUCACACGUGGAAGCUGUACAGCCUGGUCUUCUUGGGAGAGGCAUGGCAGCAUGGUUGAGUUGGCCGCGUCAGAAGGAUGAUGAGAGGAAAGGAAGCUUCCGGGAGGCUGAGUGUGAGCAAGGGCUGUGCGUAGGCCGGGCUGCUGCCUGGAGCCACUUGGACCACAGAUGGUGGUCAUGGCACCUACUUCAUCACAGGACGCAGAGAGACAGUUCCCAGGCUUCGAAGAUGGCUCUCAGGGCAAGCCCCCAAGCUGGAGGUGGUCCACCCCUGAGCUGUCUGAUGUGCCUGGGAGGGCUUGGAGGCAGGACACAAACCUUGGCUGUGGUGCCUUCUUGCACAGGACAUGACAGUGGGCCAGAGAAGGAGCCCAAACAUCAGGGACUUAAUGCCCACCUGCACACACUGGGGUCCAGCUCCAGCUGCAGGGAGCGAAAGGGAUAUUUUGCAUUGCAGAGAUUUUAUACAUAAAUAUAUUUUGUUUGUAACAAGCCAUUCUCAAUAAACGUUAUUCUCACUGCAGAGUGGCCGAAGCCCUUGCCCGCCUGUGGAGGUGCCCCGGUUUGCAGAAUGCCUGUCUCCAUCCCGAGUCCUAGUCACUCCUUGAGGCAGGUCCCCUCAGCCUCAUAAGCACCUGGGGACCUGGGUCUUGAUUGGCUGUCCCUGGUGCUGGCUGGGGCCUAGAACCCAGUUUCCCCUUUCCAGGCCUGUGGCAGUGGUGGAGGGAGCCCUUGGUGGGUGUCUUGGCUGUGGUUCCUGAAGAGGCAUGGAGGAGGCAGAGCCCUGGGCAGAGGGAGUGAGGGGAGUGAGGGGAGCAGUCGGCCACAGGAGCAGGUAGGGGGAGGCCAGCCCUCUCUGCACCCUCUGCCCCCAACCAGCAUCUCCCCCUUCUACAUAGGAGGCUUCUAUCUAGUAUUUCAUCUGGUAAAAAUUAUACCUUUGUAAAAGGGCAUGUUUGGGAGUGCUGGGUGAUCUGACAGCCUCUGCCAACCCCAGGACCAGCAGGGAGCUGGUGGAGCCAAAGCUGGCUUCUUGGGUGGGGUCCCUGUCUCCGCCCUUGUGCUCUCACCCUGCUCUUCAGUCAUUGCCCACAUCGUGGAGAUGUACAGUGAUACCUGUGAGAGCUGGAACUCAACAGGACUGGCUUGUUUUUCUGGGUUUCACAAGUUUUCUGCCUGUGACAGGGUGCAGUCUUACUACUUCCCUAUUGCUGGUUUUAGUGGAAAAGAUUUGAGUUUUCUUUCUCUGACAGGUUUCCGCCUUAGCAAUGUCUUAGUCACCUAGUGCUGCCAUAACAGAAAUACCACAAGUGGAUGGCUUUAAGAGAAAUUAAUUUUCUCAGUUUAGUAGGUUACAAGUCCAAAUUCAGGGUGUCAGCUCCAGGGGAAGGCUUUCUCUCUCAGUCAGCUCUGGAGGAAGGUCCAUGUCCUCAAUCUUCCCCUGGUGGAGGAGCUUCUCAGGCACAAGGACCCUGUGUCCAAAGGACACACUCUGCUCCUGGUGCUGCUUUCUUGGUUGUAAGAGGUCCCCAACUCUCUGCUAGCUUGCCUUUCCUUUUAUCUCUUAAGAGAUAAAAAGGCGGUGCAGGCCACACCCCAGGGAAACUCGCUUUACACUGGAUCUGAGUAAGGGUGGUGGUACAGCCCCACCCUAAUCCUCUCAACGUAAAAUUACAAUUAAAUGGAGGACAACCACACAAUGCUGGGAAUCAUGGCCUAACCAAGUUGAUACACACAUUUUUGGUGGGACAUAAUUCAAUCCUUGACAUUCCACCCUUUGGCCCCCCAAAAAUCACAUCCUUGCAACACGUAAAACAUAUUCAUCACAUCAUAUCAUAGCAAAAGUCUUAACUUCAAGGCCAAAAGCCAAAAAUUCCUCCUUGUCUUUGAAAUCUAGAAUACAAGUUAUCUGCUUCCCAGGAUACAAUGGCAGAACAGGCACAAACUAGAAAUUUCCAUCAUAAAUGGGAGAAACUGGAGGGAAAGAAGGGAUAACAGGCACCAAACUGGUCACCAGAACACAUUACAUUAGCCCUCAAAGCUUUGAAAAUAACCCUCUGAGACAAUUUACACAAUAGCCCUGCCCUCCAGACUCUAGGUACUGGCCACACUCUCCACAUUCUGAGCGGAGCCCCCUCAGCCCUGAAACAGCUCUGCCUUCCAGGCCCACUGGGACAGCAACUCUGCUCCCUCUGCUUUAGGCGAACCAUUCUCCUAGUGCAUCUCAGUGGCAGCUCCACCCCUGGAGACACCAGAGGCCAUGGCUCCACCCUUUGAAACCCCUGAGGUCAUAGCCAGACCUUUGAGACUGAGGCAGCUCUGCUUCUCAGCUUCUUCCUGGUUUCUUGGCCUCUCAGCUCUUUGGGCCUCACACCCGCAUCUGCCCUGCCCGGAGAGUGUUCUAAAGCUCUGUAGCUCCACCGAUUAGUGCCUAGAGACACCCCACUCUGCCAGGAAGCCUGUUGCUCACAGGCACUCAUCUCUCUCUGUGGAUUGGCUCCAGCGCUGUUUGUGCUGGUCUCUUGGUUCUGCUGCUGUUGGUUCUCUGCUGCUGCUGCUUCUCUGCCACUGCAGGUUCUAUGCUGUGCUGGUCCUCUGCAGCUGUGGCUCCUCUAUCCAUUCACAGUUUCAAAACCACUUCCACAUUUUAGGUAUCUGUUAGAGCAGCACCCCACUCUCUCGGGACCAAAUUCUGUCUUAGUCAUCUAGUGCUGCCAAAGCAGAUAUACCACAAGUGGAUAGUUUUAACAAAGAGAAAUUUAUUUUCUCACAGUCUAGUAGGUUACAAGUCCAAAUUCAGGGCGUCAGCUCCAGGGCAAGGCUUUCUCUUUCUGUCAGCCCUGGAGGAAGGUCCCUGUCCUCAAUCUCCCCCUGGUUGAGGAGCUUUUUAGGCGCAGGGACUCCGUGUCCAAAGGACACACUCUGCUCAUGGUGCUGCUUUCUUGGUGGUAUGAGGUCCCCAACUCUCUGCUUGCUUCCCUUUCCUUUUACCUCUUCAGAGACAAAAGGUGGUGCCAGCCACACCCCUGGGAAAUUGCCUUUACACUGGAUCUGAGUAAGGGUCGUGGUACAAUCCCACCCUAAUCCUCUCAACGUAAAAUUGCAAUUAAAUGGAGGACAACCACACAAUACCGGGAAUCAUGGCCUAACCUAGUUAAUACACACAUUUUUGGGGCACAUAUUGCAAUCCAUGACACACAGGUUUUGGCUUUUGCAGGUUUUACUGUAUUAGGAGUUCUGGCUGAGGUCUUGGAUGCUACUCCAAACUGAAGAGAGCCCUGUAGACACUGGGCAUUGACCCCGCCAGGGGGGCCAUGCAAGCCCCCAGCUAUAGUAGGAUACCAGGCAGCAAAAUGAGCGUCCUGCCUGUGGCCAGCAAAGCAUGAACAUGCCUCUCUGACUUCAGCUCAAGCCUCAGGAGCAAGGGCCCCACACUGAAUGGGCACAGCCUAAACCUGAUGGUGGGAGAAAAAUGACAGCAUCAGGGAGUGUUGAGGCAGGAGGGACAAGAGUGGGUGGCUGGUGAGCCCUAGGUGGAGUAGGCUGUCCAGAGCAUGCAGCGUGGGAUGGCGCAACAGGAGAGAACUCCAGAGAGGGGUCUCACUGGGAGCUGAGGGCCAGGCCAGAACAGAGUUCUAAGCCCAGAUGACACACCAGGACCAGCCGCUCCUGGGGUGGGAAUACACAUGCCACCCCACCUUGGUAGUGCUCUGUAGUAGGGGGUGGUACCCCCAUUCCUAGUCACCUCAUGAGCCCACCUCUGCACAGCACCUCCUGAGGCCACCCUCGGAUCCCCAAAGGCCACCAGUGCCUGAGGGAGCCACACUGGGCCAUUGUCUAGGCAGAGGGGUAGAUUCCACAUGUUAUCAGUGCUUAUAUACGUACAGCCAGACACACAUGGACUGUGGACCAUUGUGAGAUGUUUUAGUUAUCUACUGAUGCACAACACAUCACCCAAACAGCACAUCUGUCAUCUCAUUGUGUCUGGGUAUGGCUUAGCUUGAGCCAUCAGCUGGGGCUGUGGCUACUUCAUAAGCCUGGCUGGGGCUGGAGGAUCUCCCCUAAGCUCUUGGGGCUGUUGGCCACAGGCUGACUAGGUGUCCUCAUUGUUUGACAGCUGGUGGCCUGUGAGAAAGCCAGUGAAUGCCCAGGACAGAAGCCACCUCGUCAUAGAGGUGACAGCCUCUCACUUCUGCAGCAUCUGUUGUUGACAGCAAAUCACCAAGUCCAGUGCACACUGGGGAUUACACUAGGCAUGAACACCACAAGGCCGUCAUCACUGGGGUCACCUUAAAGGCUGCCUACCACAACAGUCAGUGGGGGGCUCAGGGUUUUAAAUCUCUGAGCAGAGCUAAAAAGGCCUGAAGACCAUAUGGCCUAGCACCCCCCAAGACAUGUCUUUCAGAACACCAGUAAGAAGUUCUGUGCAAAUGGGUGUCCCCAGCAGGUGAGCUUGGCACACAGUGCAUGCCACUGUCCCCCCAGGAGGUUUAGGUCAUGUCGGAAUGGCUCUGUGUAACCUCCAUCCAUCCAGGGCUCCCCUAGCUGCAGAGUCCUUUUGUGUGUGUGUAACACUGGAGUUCCGUGAAAUACACUGACACUUGGGUGACCACUGAUCUACCUGGGGUGCAGACCAGAGCCCAGAGAGGGGCAGCCACCAGCCCAAGGUCAUCACUUGGCAAGCCAAAGCCAGCCCCAUAUCCACCCCUGCUGCUUGCCCAACCCUUGGCCCAGCCAUGGUCAGAGCUACCCCCAGAGAUCCUGUCAGGCUGAGAUGGUGCCAGAAUGCAAACUCAGCUCUGGAGCUUGGCUGCGCUGGCCCCCGGGGCCUGCCUCCAGGUGGAAAACUGGCAAGUGGCUGCAAUCCCCUAGAAGAUCAUGUGUCCUGCCCUACUGCCAGCUUGUCCCAUCUGACCUACCCCCAUGGCAUCUGGGCACCCACAUCACAGACUCGCUCCUCCCUCCAGCCUCAACAGAAAUGAGAAAACCAGGAAGAGACUAAGGCAUCAUCCUGCUGAGCUGCUGGUUCCCAAGGGCUAAGGAGUGGACCUGUAUGGCUGUGAGUGCUCGUGGAAAAAACUCAACACAGGAAAUGAAGAGGCAGAGAUGCCCCUGGCCCAGACUAGAGGCCCUUCCAGGGCUUCUUCACUCUCUCCUGCCCCACAGCCUCACUCCUCUACCUCUCCCAGCUGCCUGCCCUAAAAUCUGCUCCCCGAGGAUCUGCCCAGAGUCC